AUGUGCUCCGGGCCGCACAUGACCGAGGCCUGUCUGGCCAAAUACAAGGCCGGGGAGGAGGUACUAGCUCUCUGCCCAAAUUGCAACCAGCAGCACCAUGCAUGGAGUCGCCGCUGCCCCUCACGGCUGACCCGGGUGGACGAGGGCGUCAAGCUUCAGGAGGAGUGGAGUGCUGCUCACAACCCCAACCGCCCGGCAUGGACCAGACGGUCCCGCUCAAGAUCGCAUCAGCCGGCCCCGCCCCCUGCACAGGCAACACUGGCCUCUCCAGCUCACUUCCCCAGCCUCCCGCCACCAAGCGCCUCUCAGGCGGCCUCUACUGCCUCCACCCCAACACCCGCCCUGCCUCGUCUCCCAGCUACGGCCCCAGGCCCUGCCUUAACACCCGCCCCGCCUCCAGCCGCAACCUCCACCUCGACACCUGUCCCGCCUUCCCGCCCAACCUCCAACUCGGGCUCCUCCCCGCAACAGGAGCAACCAGCUCCCACACUGCCUCCACCUCCUCUGCCUCAGCGCGGGCGUCGACAGAGGAACCGCAGGCCACAGCCCCCCCCGAGCGCACAGACUGCACCACCGUCCACACCACCCGGCUACGUCCUUGUGACGAAGGCCGCGCUCGAGGAAAUGCUGGCAAGCUUUGCCCUUGCCCUGACGGGCCUCCUCCAGCUCAAGCCCGACGAGGUGGCCCUGCGAGUAAUAGCGAAGGCGACAUUGGAGGAGCACUUUCCCGACUUCGCAGGUACCUCCACCACACCAGCCCCACCACCUCCAGUGCCUCAGAGCCCCGCUCCCCCGCCUGCCAAGAGCCGAGCAACCGGGCCCCUUCCUCCUUCCAUAGAGGUAACGGAGAUGGAGGCCGACGAAUGCCACCAGCCUCCCCAGCCAGGCGUACCCCCAACCAAGGCAUCGUUGAAGGCGGUGCACUGGACAAUGGGACGCAACACGACCCGCUCCCACAUCCCUUUGCGCACGGUGCCGACACGGUCCCGCUUUCCGCUGCCCGAGCGCAGGGCGCUGCCGAAGCGCCGAGGCCCCCGUGUCCAGCCCCGGGACGUCGCUGGGGUCCAGCCGCUAAGAGUCCUGCAAUGGAACGUGUGUGGCGUGCGAGGCAAGGUCAACCUCCUGUGA